AUGGGUUAUCUUAUAGAAAGUGCAUAUGAUGGGGUGUGUAUCGAUUUGACAAGAAAUGGUUUUUCAGAGACAUUUUUCCCACUUCAGAGUCGCCCACCUCAAUACCUAUUCGGCCUUAUAAUUUGUAUUGGGUAUCUUAGAUCGCUCUAUUUUGUUCAGGUUUAUUUGAAAUCGGGGUGUCCUAUUCCUGAUACAUCAAUGGAGUGGACAACAUAUUGUGGAAAAGAUGCGGAAACUUGGUCUGAUCAUUUUUUGGUAAGGAUUGCAGAAUUCAUAAAGUUGACGGAGCUUGAGAGAGAAUCAAAUAGGGUGAAGUCGAAAAAGAAACCGGUUUUAGAUUUAAGCGGUGACAAUUUGUUUGGUACAUUUUAG